GAGUUUGAGUCAGGGGGGUGAAAGGGGGAAGCCCUUUUUGUAUGCGAGUAACUUACAAGUCCACACCCAACUCCAUUUAAACUUCACCAGCACAAAUCUCUGCAUCAGCUUCCACAUCUGAGGGCGGUCAAAAAUGGCUAUGGUUUCAGAGUUUCUGGGACAGCUGUCCCUCAACACUGGGACCCUUGAACCCAUGCACCCCACUGUGCUGCCCGCUGUGGACUUCGACCCUGACAGAGAUGCAGCCAGACUCGAGACGGCCAUCAAAACCAAAGGAGUGGAUGAGCAGACCAUCAUCGAUGUCCUAACAAAGCGGACCUACUCCCAAAGGAGAGACAUCGCCUUCGCAUAUGAAAAGAGGGCAAAGAAGGACAUGAUCUCGGCCCUGAAAGGAGCACUGUCAGGCUCGCUGGAAACCGUGAUCCUUGGGCUGAUGAAGAGCACAGCCCAGUACGACGCCUCAGAGAUCAGAGGAUCUAUCAAGGGCUUAGGAACAGAUGAAGAAACCCUCAUUGAGAUUGUGUGCUCACGCAGCAAUGAUGAGUUGGUGGAAAUCAAAAAGGUCUACAAAGAGUUGUUCAAGAAGGAGCUGGAGAAAGACGUGGCCGGUGACACUUCUGGAAACUUUGCUAAGCUGCUCUUGGCUCUCGUGCAGACCAAGAGAGAUGAGCCGUCCGCUGUCGUGGACUACAAAAAGAUUGACGCAGACGCCAAAGCUCUCUACGAUGCCGGACUGGGGACAAAAGGAACUGAUGUGGCAACCUGGAUCUCCAUAAUGUCUGAGAGAAGUGUACCUCACCUGCAAAAAGUGUUUCAGACUUACAAGAGCUACAGCCCCUAUGACAUGCAGGAGAGUAUCACGAAGGAAGUUAAAGGAGACCUGCAAAAGUCCUUCCUGGUGCUAGUUCAGUGCUUCGAAAACAAACAGCUGUACUUUGCCAAAAGACUGAAUGAUGCCAUGAAGAGUAAAGGAGCCAAAGAGAAAGUAGUGACCAGAAUUAUCGUCUCGCGCUGUGAAGUGGACCUGAAAAAGAUCUGUUCCGAGUACAAGGCCAACUUUGGACAGUCUCUGCAAAAGACUAUUCUGGAACAUACCAAGGGGGACUACCAGAAGGUACUGCUUGGACUGUGUGGACCAGAGCAGUAAAAGUGAACCGUCAAAGGUCUUGCUCUCCACCGUAGGAAAUGUGCACUGUAAAGGCGGGCUUAUGAAUCUCACAACUGGAACAACCUGCGCGACCAGAGCCCAUCUUGCACACGUUUGAAGUACAAAUACAUUCUGCACACACAGCACAACAUUAAAAGAGAAACGACCAGAUUUUUGAUACAUGGUAAUCAAUGUUUGUUGUGCCAAUACGGUAAUAAAGUUGCUUUGUUGGACUACCUGA